CAAAAUAAAUUAUUUGACUAAGUCAGUCCUAGAUAAGAUGUGUCUGAAAUACAAAAAUUACAAUAAGAAGUCAUGACUGAAGGAUUAGAAAAAGAUAAAAUUAUUACGUUAUAGCCAUUAUUUUAUGUUCCGAGUUUACUUUAGACAUCUAAACUCCAAAAAUAAACUGCAUGACAAAUAAAUAUUUGUAAACGAAACUUGGAUCCACAGUUACGUCUAUCUAAAUGUCCGGUUCAAUAUGUGUUGUCGUUUUGUGUCCAAAUGGACGUCGUGAAACUGUCAAAGUGACAUCAAAUAGUAGUGUACUUCAGGUUUUGGAGGAAGCAUGCAAGAAACAAAAGAUCAAUCCAUCGGAAUUUGAAAUACGCCAUUACAAUAGAAUUCUCGAUUUGAGCUUACCAAUUCGUUUUGCAAAUAUCCCAAACAAUGCACAGCUGGAAUUGCAACCCGCUUCACAGUCAAGAGCUGACAGUUUGGUUACUGUUGCUUUGCAGUUGGAAUCCGGUGAACGAAUUACAAAAGAUUUCCCGCCUUCAGCAACUGUUUAUGAUGUUUUAGAACAGUGUUUGAAGUCUGAAUCAAUAUAUGUAGAAGAGAUUGGAGAACCCGCUUGCAUUUAUAUGCGUCAGAAAAUUAUUGGUGAUGCUAUUAAAUCUACUACUCUUAGAAGCCUUGGUUUAACAAGUGGAAAAGCUAUUAUCAGAUUAUUGUACAGGAAACCUGAAUUAUUUGAAGAGCAAGCCCAUGAAACUACUCCUUUAACUGCCCAGCCUCCGUUAGAUAUCGGUGUAUGGGAUUCCAAAGAAUACAAGCCACCCGAUUCUCCGAUUCCAGAACAAAUAAGAAAGCAAGCUCGUUUAGAAGAUGCAGUCGGAGAACGAAACAGUUGGGUUAAACAAUCAGAGGAAAAAGAAGUAGUGCAGGAAGAGCAUACUGAUCCUAUGGAUAACCUUGAUAAUGAAAAUUCUUUAAAGGAAGAGGGUUGGCCUUCAUUGGAUGAUGAAAGUUCUUUGAAAGAAAAAAGUUGGCCCUCAUUCAGUGAAUGUGAUUCAUUUCAAAAAGAAGAAAACUUACCUGAAGCAGAUAUUUCUGACCAAAAAUCAAGCAUAAGCUAUGAUUCAGAAGUACAGGAUGAAGAAAUUGGUGAAAUUAUCUAUAUUGGCAGCAGACAUGCUGUUAUAUACAAUUUAGAUGAUAUUACAGAAGUGAAGAGAGCUGAUCUUCCUGAUGAAUUUUUUGAGUUGACUGUUAAUGAAGCAAGAUAUUUACUAGAAUCAUAUAGAAAGGAAAGACUAGAUUUGGAAAAUCGACCAUUAUUAACCAAAGAACAAAGAGAAAGACAAGUUCUUGAUAAAUUAGCUCAAUAUAAGAAAACUGUUAUUCGUAUCUAUUUUCCAGAGAGAUUAGUUUUGCAAGCAGUGUUCCAAACUACAGAAACAGUUCAUGAUGUACAAGAUUUUGUACGAAAUUAUUUAGAGGAUAAGCAUUUGAAUUUUUAUUUAUAUAUUACUCCACCAAAGGAAAAGUUGGAUCCUUCAAAAUCCUUAAUUGAAGCUAUGCUGAUUCCUGCAGCUGUUAUUUACUUUGGUUGUGAUGUCCAACUUCCCAGGUACUUAAUGGGAAAUUUAAGAGAGAAAUUAUCAGAUCCAAGAGCUGCUGCUCUUGCAGCUUCAGAAUCUAGGAAAGAAAUUAUUUCAAACGUACCUGAAGAUACAAUGCAGCAAGAAAUAAUAAACAGACCAGUUGUAGAAUCUAGAUUAAAUAAUAGUAAUACUAAUACAGUUCACCAACCUUAUCAACCUCCAAAUCAAAGCCAAGGGAAAGUUCCAAAGUGGUUGAAAUUAAAUAAAAAAUGAAUGAAGAUCAAAUUUGCAUCAAUGUAAUGUUCUUUUUAAUUCAUAUAAAUAAUAAAUUUAAUUUUGUGUUAAAGCCUUAAAA